UUCAAACUCUCCGACCAGGAUUACAUAGUUUUUGGGCGGGGCCAUCUACACACACGACGAGCAGCUGCUUGUUUCGCCCCCAGUUUUUGCCCACUCCUGGCCUUAACCAGAGCAGAAAUAAAAGGGGCUACUGACCUAGGCGGGCGCCGGAUUUCCAACAAGAUUUGAGAACUUUUGAACAAUACAAACGAUGUCAGCACCUGUUAUAGCGAGGGCAGAGGGACCUGAAGAGGGCGUCCGACAAGAAAGGACAAUCCAUAAUGCUCAAGAACCAUUGUCUGCUCUUCCCAAACAUAUGACAAAACACAAAAGAAAAUUCCGCACUCCAGCAACUCCCGUUCGAACUGACUCUGAUACUCUCGAGUCCAAACCCUUUGGUCCAGAGACUUACUAUUUCGUCUCAAUGGAUCAGUCCCUAUGUCCUUCGUUCAUCGAAGCCCUACUUCAAACCGAACAUUCCUUCGACGUCUUGAGAGUCGACAUACCAACUAAGCCACCCAGUCUCAAAGUCCUCUGCAUUGUUGGGGACCUUGGAUGGUGUGGAUUCCUAUACAAGUUUGUGCUGGACUAUAACUUAACAUUUGGUGAAGGCGAACACAUUGUAAAGUGGUGCGGUACAACUCCUCCGCCCGUCACGUACAGCCGACCAAAGCAGAUACCGACUCCUCCUCCAUUGGAGGACGUCUCGCCACCUGUACGGACUUGACGGUUUUGUUUGUGGUGGGAGGGGCCCUUUUGUACAAUUCUUUUUGAAUCGCGACGUACAUAAACUAUUUCAAGCAUG